GGGAAAAAGAGGAACCAAAAGGAGGCUAGAGGUGGCUCCCGGGAGCAGAAGAGGAAGCAGGCAAACAGAAGAGUCUGUCUCCCCGUGACGAGUGCUGGUCCUCGGCCCUCGGAAAAUAGCAGCUGAGCCCUGUGGUGGGUCUGAGGCACACAGGCAGUGGUGCCCAGAAAGCAGCACCCAACACCCCUGCCCCUACCUCCCAGAACACCCAAAGAAGAGCAGACGCUAUGCACCUCCCUGAAAGCCUGCAGGACCUGGCAGACAGUGAGACUGUGCGCUUUCUGAGGAGACCAAAGAGCAUCUCAAGGAUCUUCGGAGGGGUCUUUUCCCUGGUCAUCUUUUCCUCUCUACUAACUGAUGGUUACCAGAACAGAACAGAGUCUCCUCAGCUCCGCUGCAUCCUCAACAGCAACCAUGUGGCCUGUAGCUUUGCAGUAGGAGCUGGCUUCCUGUCCUUUCUCAGCUGCUUGGUCUUCCUUGCUGUAGAUGCUCAUGAGAGCCGCAUCGUAGGCACCCGCUUUAAGACAGCCUUCCAGCUCUUGGACUUCAUUCUGGCUGUCCUCUGGGCAGGUGUCUGGUUUGUGGCCUUCUGCUUCCUAGCCAGCCAGUGGGAGCAUUCGAAGUCCAAGCACUUCCUCGUGGGGAACAGCAGCGCCAAGGCAGCCAUUGCCUUUUCUUUCUUCUCCGUCCCAGUCUGGAUACUCCAGGCCUACCUAGCCUUCCAGGACCUCCGAGACGAGGCUCCAGUCCCCUACAAGCGCUCCCUGGAGGAGGGUAGUGUGGUGCUGAACACCCUCUCCCCAUCAUCCACCACUAGCCCCGCUAACCCUCCCAUCACAGGCCCCAACAGUCUGAGUUACACCAGCUCAGCCCUGUCCCCCUACACGACUACUCCAAAGGCCCCACGCCUGGUUAUGAUGCCAGACAGCUAAACAGCCUAUACACAUGAGUAAAUAGCCCCUCUGCGGGGUUUCUGAACAACCCUGUCCUGUCUGUUCCUCUCUCAUCCCUUGAGUGGCAGGAGAAGGAGGGAGACCAUUGCAACAGGUACGUUUCUGUGCUACCCCCAAGCACCAUUACCCUGCUGAGAUGUUCCCUGCCAUGUUCCCUGCACCUUGAGCCCACAUUGGUCUUGAAGAGGAGGCACAAGGGCACAAUGAGAUCAUGCUACAGCUGAGGCUGAGACUGAGGGAGAAAAGGCAUUCUCCUCAGAGUACCAGUGAGAAAGCGUACAGCACUGGCGCAGCAGUCCAAGCUCUUUACCCCAGAGAUGAAGGCAGUCAAUAGCAAUGUGUGUAAAGGCUGAGUCAGGGCAUGGAGUCCAUAAGUGAGACGGAUGCAGGAGAGACCUGGGUCUUCAGACACAUUAAAGGCUAUCCUGGGAAACAGGCAAGUGUUUCUACUCUAGACACCCCCCGCCAGGGUCACCAGGCCAUAGACCUGCUAGGAGGGAUCAGGCAGGUGACACCUUGUACCAGAGAGAUGACCUUUACCUACCAGCCAGCCAUGGGGUUGAGGACACAGAAACGAUCUCAAGGCUUCAUUGAGAAAAGAAAACAAGUUAAUUUUUAAGAUAUUUCAUUUAACUUAAUAUAUCCAAUGUGUUACUGUUUCAAUGAAUAAUCAAUAUGAAAAUUCAA